CAGUAUAAAAAAGCGCAUCUUAAACGCUAAGCUUAUACCAACAAAGUCCUGCAGAAAAAAUAGUGGUUUUUCUGGGAGGGAAGAAACUGUCAAGUUCCGCAAAAAAUUGAUUUAUAGGGCCCAAGUUUUUGAUAACUUAAACGAUUAUGACUUUUAUGUUUUCUAUUGCCUUCCUCGUAUUUUUAGGCCUCUAUGUUAAACAGGUUAUGCCGGCUCCUAGUCCGUCUGAAGAGAUGAAAUACUUUAUAUUCGUGGACGCAGGCAGUACGGGGACCCGAGCGUACUUGUACCAAUUGCCCCGAAAUUAUAAACUCUUUCAGGAUCAGUUUUUUAUCACCUCAUUACCUUUUCCUAUUAAAGAGAGACCGUUUACUUCGGAUCCAUCCGGCACAUUUCCUAUUGAAGAGUAUGUAUGGAGUGUUACCAAAGAUCUCCUUGAAAAAAUAAACGAAGACUGGUCAUUAAGACGUUUUGGACCGAUCCCUUUGUAUAUUUUCGGUACGGGCGGGCUACGGUCGUUAUCGCCUGUGAACCAAAAUAAGAUUACUGAAAAACUUGUGAAUGAGCUUACCAACUAUAAUGGCUUUAAUAUUGAUGGUGUUCAUAUUAAAGUUAUUAGUGGGCAAGAGGAAGCUCUUUAUGCCUGGAUUACUGCUAACUAUUUAGAUAAAAAACUUAACAAAGAGCUCACUGUGGGCGUUUCAGAAAUGGGCGGAUCCUCACUUCAACUCGCUUACCAAGUUAAAGAUGUAAAAGGAAGCCCAGACAAUAUCGUCCACUUAAAGUUAGGUUCUGGUCAUAACUACCACGUGUUUACCGCCUCCUUCGACGAUUAUGGCUCUGAUAGUGUAUAUAAUAAAUAUGUUCAAGCAUUAAGUAAUCAACUUAAAGAUGAAGAAGCGAGUUACUGUUUCCCACCUGGUUUUAACUUCACCGAAGAACAAUCAACUAAAAGCGUUUCAAAAGACCCCCAGGGAAAUUUUGAGAACUGUAGCCGCAGCUUAAAGAGUAUUCUUGACUUAAACUGCAUUCAGGCACAAUGCUCCAUCAAUGGUAAAAGUCUUCCUCCCUUUGAUGCCAAUAUGAAAAUCUAUGGAUUAGCGUCUUUUUAUUAUAUUACUAACGAUUUUAAAGCUUAUGAUGAAGAUAAUAAGCUAAAUAAGAGUAAAUUCGUUGACGAAGCCACUAAAUAUUGCAGUACUCAAUGGGAAGAAAUACAAAAAAUGACAAAAAUUCGAUAUCGUGAAAAAACGUGUUUGAAGGCGAGCUAUAUUAACCUGUUGCUUGAGAAGGGCUUUAACAUUACACAAGGAGCAGAGUUUUAUACAGUCCAGAAUGUUAAUGAUCUCAAAGUGAGUUGGACUUUGGGAGCUUUACUUCACGCACUUAAUGCUGAAGAUUAACUAAUGUUU